GGAGGGACGGCAAAAAGUUUCAAGUUUCAACCAAGGGUUGAGGAUCCGAAUAAAAUACUAGAAUAAAGGGCCCAGCCCCAAAAUUUCACAAGGCAAACUAUAGCAUGGGAGGCCAUCUAAUUUUGAUUUUGAUAGCUUUUUCUGCUGCAGUGCAUUGAAUUCAAUUUCAUUUUCUGAGGGCAGCUAAGCACAAUGUCUCAUUCAAGACCAUUGGUAGAAUGCUAGUCACUUUCCAAAAUACCCUCUAUCAUCACCCUUCACUUUUUCCCAUACAAGAAUAAAUGGAGGGUUAAUGGAAUCUCAAAGUGAACAUCAAGCAUCCUUCUUUUGCGUUCCAACACCCUUUCUCUCCUAUUCCUCUUCUACAACACAAAUGUACUAAAGAAAAUAGUGUUGGGUGAUUGUUAAAGGGUCAAUUUUCUGACUAUAAAUGCCCAUCUGCCAAAGCAGCGUACUUCCAUUUUUUGCAACUCAAAACUGUUGCUCUAAUUAAACCAUAUUGAUCAAAAGAAAGAGAAGAGUAGGACUUCAAGAACUUCUCCUUCCUUUGUUUUCCUAAGUCAAUUCCUUGGUCUCCUUGCCAGCUUUCAACCACGGAGUUUCCAAAUCAAGAACCGGAAAGCUCUUCCCAGAAAAAAAUGGGAAGAGGUAAAAUUGAGAUUAAGCGGAUCGAGAACACGACUAAUCGACAAGUCACCUUCUGCAAGCGCCGCAAUGGACUGCUCAAAAAGGCCUAUGAGUUGUCUGUGCUUUGUGAUGCUGAGGUUGCUCUCAUAAUCUUCUCCAGCCGUGGUCGCCUCUAUGAGUAUGCUAACAACAGUGUCAGAGCAACAAUUGACAGAUACAAGAAAGCAUGUUCAGAUGCAUCAAACCCAGGAUCUGUUGCUGAAGCUAACACUCAGUUUUACCAGCAAGAAGCCACGAAACUCCGACGACAAAUUCGUGAUGCUCAGAACAUGAACAGGCAUAUCGUUGGUGAGUCACUUAGCUCUUUGACCUUCAAGGAACUAAAGAACCUGGAGGGAAGACUCGAGAAAGGAAUUAGUAGAAUCAGAUCCAAAAAGAACGAAUUACUAGUUGCAGAAAUUGAGUUCAUGCAAAAGAGGGAAGUUGAGCUGCAGAAUGAUAACAUGUACCUGCGAGCAAAGAUAGCAGAAAAUGAAAGAGCGCAACAACAAUCAAACCUGAUACAAGGGUCUGUGUACCAGACUGCAACUUCACAACCCUAUAAUCGGAACUUUCUGCCUGUAAACCUCCAGCUGGAGCCAAACCAAGACCAAACUGCUCUCCAACUUGUAUAAGCUGAAAUGCAAGCAGUCACAAAUGUUCUACCAACUUUGUCUCUGGUUAAGCAUAUAAGCUUGGAAGUAUAUAUAGUUUAUAAAUAGUUGAAAACUAGUUGUUCAUCGCUUAAGCAAGGAACUUAGAUUUUUAGUACUGGAUUCUGUUCCCUUUUCAGUGCUGGAUUAUUCUUGUAUUAUAUGUUUCCAAAACACUAGAUAACAUGUUUAAUCUUUCAUCCCUUCACUUCUGUUUCUAAUAUUUGUUCAACUCAAAAACUAGAUUAAGCAGUUCUGGACAUAUAGUUAUUUGAUUUCGCAUGGACUUCAUCAACUUGGAUAUAUGUAACAAAUUAUGCUUUUAUAAAACAGGAAAUAUAAAUCAAUCACAUUAUUAGGUAAAAUUGCCAUGCUUGUAAUAUGACAGUUCAAG